AUGUUAUCAAGACCAAUACAACGUUCUGAUAAGAGGAGUCAAAACACCAUCAAAGUUGUCGCGGGCCAGCCAGACAUCAGUAGUAAAGCAAGACUUCGGGCUAGAGGGAAUCUGAGCGGCUAUAAUUUAGGAAGUAACCUACUCGAAUGGCAUGAACUUCAGACAAUGAAUACAUCUUAUCAGGAUAUAGGUGACUUCUUCCUUGUACAUUAUGAAUUCGUCAUCACGCGACUAAUAGAACACAGACCUGCCUCAAAUUCACUUCUCACGUCUCUGUGGAGCUUAUGCCAUAUACAUAACGAGACAAAAAUCGCACGUUCAGUCAACAUAUACUCUCAUCUAUUCGGCUCGAUUCUCUUCGCUACUCUUCCAUUUUCUCUCUAUAGACAAAUCGCUCCACGCUAUGCCACUGCAACGAUAGCAGAUAUUGUCGUGUUCUCGACGUUUUUCUUUGGAGUAGCUAUUUGUUUUCUACUUUCAGCUACUUUCCAUCUUCUAGCGAAUCACAGUAAGAGGGUUAAUGCACUUGGCAAUCAACUCGAUUAUCUAGGUGUGGUGAUCUUGAUGUGGGGUUCCACGAUCCCGACUGUUUAUUAUGGAUUUUACUGCGAUCCAGCUAUUCAGGAAACAUAUUGGACAAUGAUAUCUCUCUCGGCAGCGGCCUGUGCAGUCACAACUCUCCAUCCCAAGUUCCGUCAUUCGGCUUUUCGUCCAUAUAGAGCAAUUAUGUACAGUUGUCUAGGGCUUUCCUCUAUCACCUUCGUUAUUCACGGUCUCAUACUUUACGGGUAUGAAACGCAAAAUUGGAGAAUGAGUUUAGAUUGGAUGGGGAUCAUGGCUGGGUUCAAUUUGUUUGGUGCUUUUGCUUAUGCUGCAAGGAUACCAGAGAAAUGGUUUCCACGUCGCCACGACAUCUUAGGUUCAAGUCAUCAGAUUCUCCAUUUUAUGGUUAUUUUUGCGGGAUUAGCACACAUGGCUGGGCUUUUGAGAGCAUUUGACCACAUACAUUCAGAUACAUUCCGGUGUAUUUAA